AUAAAGAAGUAUGAUAUGUAUGUAUGUGUGAAAAAUUGUUCCUCAUUCUUCUAGGAUACAGGUUCCCACAUAUUUCUACUUCGAUCCUCCAAAACAUUUCCAGGAAAAUAUUUAUACCUGUAGUUAGAAAGAAUCGGAAUCAAACCGAUUAUUUAUAUUAAUAUAACCAUAUUAUUUAUCAUGAGACGGAUGACCCGGAAAAAAACUUUUUAUCUGCACCAUGCAUGAAUAAUAUUCUUCUAUACAAUUACAUUAUAUGUAUGGAUAACAUUUUAAUUUUGAGUUUCUGAAUUGCUUCUUUAUGUAAUAUACUUUAAAUCUUUAAUUCUUUAUCUAUAUAUGCUGCAUGCAUGUCUUACACAAUUAUAUAACAUAUUUGAAAGAAGACUUUGUGAUUUGUGGGAGUAUGAAGGAAACACUCCACCUUAUGGUCUAGACUUUCUGACAACAUCAUUUUCCAUGUAAGAGAUUUCUUUCAGUAAGCUGAAGAUUUUGAUAAUGCAAAUAUGCUAUACAUUUUGAACAAUUAAACGUUGACGCUCUCAAAUCCAGUAGUGUCCAAAAAGUACUUACAGAAUCCAAUAUGGGUUCCUCUUAGGACAAGGAACUUACUACAUUGGAAUUCCUAUAUAAGAUAUUUAUUCAUAUUAGAAUUUGGCCUAAAUCCUGUGCGAAUUCCUAUUAAAUAUACACGAUGCUUUUUGUGUUUUGAUUUAUAUUAUAUUAAUACCCGUGGUAGCUUUUGCGUUUAAUUAAAAGUCGAGAUUUUUUUGCAUUUUAUCAACCAUAUUUUUCCUUCGUUAAAUAUAAAAAAUUCUAAAAAUUUUACUGAAGUUUUAGAAAUUUAUAAAAGUGUUGGCUGUUGUAGAAGAAGGUGCAAUGAAAAUAAGUUAUUCAUUAAUCGAUGAAUAACCAUGAUAUUAAUCAAUAUUUAAUACGAAGGCUUAAUCAAAUUAUUUGUAUAAUGACGAAGAUCCGGGCUUAUGUAUGAAACCUCCGCCAUUUAAAUAAAUAAACACUAUUUGUCAUGCUAUACAAAUUCACAAAGCUACAAAGAAUUUGAAAGCUACAAGUAAAAGUUCUGAAACCAAACUAGAAAUAUCUCAAUAUAUACAAUGUAUUAAUUUUGGAUAUCACUUCCUUGACUGUAAUAUUAUAUUUGUGAUAUUUUCAUCUUGUUAAAGCAUGUUACAGUUUUUAAGAGGCGAUCCUUGUCAAAGCAAAUAUCGCGAGAAAGCGUGAAGUUGCGAUCAAAGUGCUGAAGUUUCAAAGAAAAAAUGGUGUUGUAUAUAGAUGUUGAGAAUAUUUUUCAACGCCAAAAUUGGUUAAGCAUAUAAGAUGUAGUGAGUGCAUGUACAUUUGUUGAUAAGUGUUAAUUAAAAUUAUAAUUAAGUGGAAGUUUCUCAAAAGAUCAAGGGCAACACAGUGCAUAUACUAACACCAAUGAAAUUAUCACGAGUUGGCAGUUUUUCUUUCAAAUAUGUCAGUUUUUUGAUGUGCAAAUGAACUCUGCAAUUUAUGACGUCAUAGCCAAGCUAAAUUUUGAAAGCUGAAAAGCGUUGAACUUAACAAUCCCAUAAAGCCAAAUUGGAUUAACCGUUAAUAUAGGAAAUUAAGGAUGUACUUUAUUAACGCGACAUUAAAUUAGCGCGUUGACGCGUGUUGCCUGUUGGUCUUUAAAAGGAUUAACGCGAAUUGCUUGUUGGUCUUUUAAAAUCAAAUUAAAUGGCAAACAUCCUCUGUCAGUGAGAAGGGAACGUGAUUUUUAAAUGAUUAUCGAUUAUUCAAACUAAUCAAGAUCUUUUAAAUUAACGAUCCAGUAUAUGCUUAAAUAUUAACGAUAGCAUAAAUCAAAACACGUUAAUAAUAAAGUACGUUAAUAGUUAAUUUCCCAUAAGAAGAGGAGGAGGAAAUGAUAUGCGACAUGAGGAUUUGAAUUGAUAUUAUAUAAAAAAAUAAUGGUGCUACAGAAUUUUUAACGCCGGAAAAUAAGUGCAAACCUGCAGCAACACAACCAAGAUUAAACGUAUAUUCUUCUCAUUUUUCAUUCACGGUUCCAAGUUUUUCCUUGCUUUGUGAAAAUUACAAGAUAUGUCGGGGGUUUUAAAGUAGUAUGAAUAUGAAUAUUAUUGUUUUUGUUUGUGGAAACACCACGUAAAUUUAUUACUGCAAUAAUAAAUUUACGUGGUGUUUCCACAAACAAAAACAAUUAUAUUUUAUCGCCAUGCACGCAAACAUUCAAAGAACUUAAUAUGAAUAUUGAUAAAUAUUGAUGGUAGGAAUAUUAUAAUAGUGGGAAUAUGAAUAUUUGAAACCGAAAAGGUGGAAUGAAUAUUUCUCCCCGGUUGACAUGGAAUUUUUAAGCUAGGAAUUUUUAAGAUAGGAAUCACUUAUGGUAUAGGAACAUGAAUGUGGAGGUAGGAUAAAGGAAAAUAUUCUUCUUACUCCCCCGAUUGAAAACUAGGACAAUAAACUUCACAAUACUUGUAAAUUUUAUAUGUUCUAUAUAUAGCUAUAGGAAAAUAUUUUUAAAAUAUCAAGUAAUAAUAAUUUGUUAACGGUACCGAAACUAACUAAUUGGAAUUGAUUAAUUGGAUCAACGGAUGUUAUACAAUCCACAGAUGUGGGCGUUUCAGCUAGAAAACUGCUUUGUUUCAACCACAGCUUAUAUAGAUCAUCCAGAAGUUUCUUUGAUCAUAUAAACCACUUUAAACACAUACUUUUAAUAUCUGCCCAUGCAGUUGUUAGUUUAGCCCUUGUAGAAAUAAAUUGGUACAAGUCAGCAAACAGUUUUAUAACCAGAAAUCCGGAAACAUCUCGCUACCUCACCCCUUUGUAUGAUUCUGAUUAAAAUUUAGGCACAGAAUUCUACUCAGAAGUCCAUCUCCAUUGCUUUUUGCGUAAGCUCUAUUCGUCAUGAUUCGUCACUCAGCAAGUACCAUAAGCAGAAGCAGUCACCCCCUGAAAUACUAAAAAUGGCGCACGUCCAGGGGGGUGACUGCUUCUGUUUACACUUGCUGAGUGACGAAUCAUGACGAAUAGAGCUUACGCAAAAAGCAAUGGAGAUGGACUUCUGUGUAGUAUUCUGUGAUUUAGGCGAACGUAUAAUCUAGAAAGCUUACACUUCGAAUGUUGGCCAAAUUAAUAACUAAAAAAAUUAAGCACAAAAAUCUUCAGAUCGUUUAAACUGCAAGCAUAUAAGGCCAAGCGGAAAUAAUCUAUUUACUCGUGCAUUCUACAUUUUUUAACACAAGAUUACAACUUUAGUAUUGAAUAAGUAUAUUUAAGCACUUUGGCUGAUAUAAGCUUCGAAAACAUACAUACUUAAGUUACAAUAUGUUGAUUCAGCUAAAUUUUUGAAAGGAAUAAAAAGAUCAUGCAUCAUUUUUGGAAAGUAGCCAUAUGACGUAUUGUAAGAGGUGUUGAUGAGAUGACAAGUCUUACCUUUUCAAAGUAAUGCAUUUUGAAUCAGUACUUAUAAAAUGAUUUGUCAUUCUCUGUACUUGAGAUGGUAACGAAGUGUAUAACGUUUUUGAAUGCUUUUAAAAAUCAACCAAGAUAUUGCCGAUGGCAUUGAUUUAUUCUAAAGAUAAAUUUUAGGAAUUUUAGAAACUUUUAUAUAAACAUCAUCACUGGCUUCACUGCAGUCGCUGUUGGUUGGGUACACUGCCAUACUAUUUGCAGCAUAUAGAUAUUUUAUAUACACUAGAUAGUGCAUCUAAUUAUUCUGCAAUUCAAAAAUUGAAGCCGUGAUUGCAGACUCCGGAAUAUUUCCCAUGAAAUGAGAAGACUCGUAUGUUUUCUAUUUCUUAAACAGGGAACUUAAACAUUAAGUUAAACCUAUUCCAAAAACAUUUUCAAACUAUUCAAAUGAUGAAAGUUAUUGUUGUUUUUAAGCGUUUAUUAGCGAGUGGGAAACUCCAACAUGGCCGCCAUCUAUUCAAAUGGGGGCAACUGCUGGAAUAUUCUUGGCUUCAAUUUCACUAAAGGAGAUGCGCUAUCUAGUGUCUAUAAGAUAUCUAUGAUUUGCAGUAAGAACAGUGACGGCACUAUUCUAUAUACAGGACAAUACCAAUUCCAAUUCAGGCAACUGAACUAACAUACCCUCGAGAAUUUCUGAAAGCCUUAAUUCGGAAUAAUACAGUUAACAAAAAAUUUCGACCAUGAAACCAUUGAUAUAGGAGAUAAUCUAAAUUUCUGAGUGUUUCCUAAAACACCAAAAUGGUGUAAUGCAGAUCUGUAUAGACACCGCAUGCAUUGCUUGCAUGCAUUGCAGAUCUGUGGCCUAUAGACACCGAUGUAGUAUAAAUGACAACACCAUUUCUUUGUCAGGGAAACACCAAAUUUGCAUCCAAUACGUGUAGGUAUUUGAAACACCAAUAACACUUAUUAAGUGUAAAUAUCACGAAUGAUAUUUGGUGUUUCCCUAACACAAAAAUGGUGUUAAUAUUUACACUAGAUCAGUGACUACACCACUUUGGUGUUGUAACAACACCCACAAUUUAGUGUGUGUAUGUUGCAUGAAAUUUAAGGCAAAAAGUUCAAAGAACCAAGAUUUACACCAACAAAAGACGGGUUUUGCAACCUAAAUUUGCCGCCCCCAACCGAAUAUUUCGCGAAGUGUCAAUCCAAUUUAAUGAUAUCCUUCACCUCUUCAUGACCCCCCUGAAUUUUCAAAAUCCAACACCUUUCGUGACUAAACGAAUUUGACAUAAAAAAACACAAUAUAAUGUUAGAUAAUUUAACCAUUAGCAUAUAAUUGAGGUCUACUUUGUCGGGGGAGUUAAUUAGGAGCUGAGGGCGGUUAUAUUAGAGUGAACACCAUCGGAAAUGGAUAUGGUUUUCGGAGUAGUUAAAUCUCACAAGAAAUUUAGCAUAUAUAUAGCUUCAAGCAAAAUAAAAAAACUCGCAUUAACCUGACAACCAUCAUCAAAUAAUAUACAUAAAAAAUUGUAUAAGCUCGAAUGCGAACUUGCAUAUUCUAGGUGUCUUUGAAUAAUCGGCUAUAGAGGAUUCGCUAUAAUCUUUCUCAGUUCGUGAAAUACCUGGAUCAAAAUCACAAUAGCCUAAAUCAGACAUUGUGGAUUGUUUAGGUCAAAACCAGGAUCGUGCAAAUUUAUAUCUAUAGAGAGCCAUUGAUCAUUAUGAGCCUAAAAUAAUGCUUCGCAGUCACUAUUUCUAAUAGCAAAUAAACUGGAAAUGUUUUAAACAUCUACAAAAUGGUAUGUGGUCACUUUAGAGUAGCUUAGUACGGCUAACUCUGCUUUGAAGACGAUACUAUAAGACCGUUAAUGAGAUCAGAAAUUAAUCCAAAAUGGCGAACAGCUCAUUGUUUUCAGUCAAAAUAUUUCAAGGACUAUAAGCAAGAUAUAAAAUAAUCGGUAAAGCAGUUUUAUAUAAUUUUCAAAAUUCUUCCAACCAAGAAAAACUAAAAUGUUUUUGAAAUUUUUCAUUAAUAUUUAUCGACCUACAAAGAUUUACUGGAUGAGAACUGUGAAUAUUUUAAUACUGACCACGGGUAUAUAGCGAUUUGUAGCAACAAAUGUUGAUAUCCAUGUUAAAAGAAUAUUUUGCAAGCUCUAUAAACUUUAGGUAUGGCAAAAUAUCAUGUUUGUGUCUUACAUAUAGCAACUAUAUGAGUUCGGAAUGUCCGACAUUUAAUUAAAGGCACUCAGUCACCUUUUGAGCGAUGUUAUUUAAUGACUCAAUUCUUGAAACAAGGACUCUUUUUAUUAACACCAAUAUAUGUUUCUUAUUAUAGCCACAUUUAAAC